UCUGCCAGGGCCCCAAGCGGCGCCAGCUGUCCUGCUCUGCCACAACUUGCCCUGACGAGACAGGAUCCAUCCUGCGCCCUGGAAGAAAGAGCCGGCCUGCCUCUCCCAGCUCUGCUUCUACGCCUCCGCGGGCACCGCCUGCGCGAGCAGCUUCUCUAGGGUCUCGACCCCCUUCGCCGCCCCCAUCUGCCAGCAGCGCCCGGCCCCGCCGAGGAGCGCGCAGCGGGGGUGCUGCGGAUACAACGGUGAGCAACAGAGACCAGGGCCCUUCUACCCGCUGAGCCUGCAGUCCAGUGGAUGGAUCCCACAGGACACAGACAUACUAGGAAAGAAAAACGUUUUCCCGAUGGUUGGACCAAGCAGGAACUCUCUGGUGGAUUGAGGAAUGUCUGGCUUUUCCUGAGCUCAUUGAUCUCUGGGGUAACCACAGCCAAUCCCAAGAAGACCCUAAGAAUGAGCAGGCCGAGGUCUACAAGGAGCUGCUAGAAAUAUUUUAGCCUCUCUAGAGAACAAUGCAGCCCCUACUCAAGCUUGUAAGGGUGCUGGGCGCACGCUGACCUCGCGCGAGCUGGCGCGCCCUUUGCUCCGGCUCUGGGCCGCGAGCGCUGCCAUAGCAACGGCCGGGACGCCCCGACCUUAGGCCGCCGCCGCCGCCCUCGGGGACCCCGUCUUCUCCCAAUCCCGGGGAGUGUGGCGGCGGCGGCCUGGGAGGCGACGCGGCCGGGGUAGACGAGCCCGCCCCCUCUUCGGACGCACGCAGAGGCGGCCGCUCGCUUCUAGGCAUGCCCUUCGAGAAGCACGUCUACUACCCGCUCGCCGGCGGCCCGGAGAGCCCGGCUGUCCCUCUCGUCCCCACCAUGGCCGCGGCCGGCGCAGAGGGGGCAGCCGCCAUGGCCCGUGCGCCCCCCUCGGCGGCGUCGGGGCCCCUGCCCUUCUUCCAGUUCCGGCCGCGGCUGGAGAGCGUGGACUGGCGGCGGCUGAGCGCCAUCGACGUGGACAAGGUGGCGGGGGCCGUGGACGUGCUGACGCUGCAGGAGAACAUCAUGAACAUCACCUUCUGCAAGCUGGAGGACGAGAAGUGCCCGCACUGCCAGUCGGGCGUGGACCCGGUGCUGCUGAAGCUGAUCCGCCUGGCGCAGCUCACCAUCGAGUACCUGCUGCACUCGCAGGAGUUCCUCACGGCGCAGCUGCGCUCGCUGGAGGAGCGGCUGCGCCUGAGCCUGGCCGACGGCGAGCAGGGCCGGAGGCUGGUGGCCCGGCAGGCGGGGGAGAUCAAGCUCCUCAAGGAGGAGUGUAGACGCAGGAAGAAGAUGAUCUCCACCCAGCAGCUGAUGAUGGAGGCCAAGGCCAGCUACUUCCAGUGCCAUUUUUGUGACAAGGCUUUUAUGAACCAAGCUUUUCUACAAAGUCAUAUUCAGCGCCGCCAUCCCGAAGAUUCUCACCUUGAGUAUAAGAAAAAGGCUCAAACCGAUAAGCUCCAGGGUGAGAUCGACAUGUUGAAGGAGCAGCUGCAGCUCACCAAGUCCCAGCUGGAGGCCGCCCAGCACGCCCACGCAGUUAGACUCACUAAGGAAUAUGAAAUGCAGAAAUCAAAAGAAGAAGAAUUUGUCAAGUUAUUUGAUAGAUGGAAAGAAGAAGAAAAGGAAAAGCUAGUUGAUGAAAUGGAAAAAGUCAAGGAAAUGUUUAUGAAGGAGUUUAAAGAACUGACUUCUAAGAAUUCGGCAUUAGAAUAUCAAUUAUCAGAAAUACAGAAGUCUAAUAUGCAGAUCAAGUCCAACAUAGGCACGUUAAAAGAUGCCCAUGAGUUUAAAGAAGACCGUCCUCCGUAUCCCCAGGAUUUCCAAAAUGUGAUGCAACUUCUUGAUAGUCAGGAAAGCAAGUGGACAGCUCGAGUUCAAGCCCUUCAUCAAGAGCACAAGAAAGAAAAGGGCCGGCUCCUGUCACAUAUAGAGAAACUUCGGACUUCAAUGAUAGACGACCUAAAUGCCAGUAAUGUUUUCUACAAGAAGAGGAUAGAGGAGCUGGGGCAAAGACUCCAGGAACAGAAUGAGCUGAUUAUUACACAGAGACAGCAGAUUAAAGAGUUUACCAGUAAACCAUUAAAUAGUGUCAGUGAACCCAAAGGGAAUCCUUUAGCCUGGCAAAGUUUUGAAUCUAAACCAACUGCCCCAGCUGUACCUACCAAUGCCCCUGCACCGCAGACUCUGGAUGCUAAAUCAAGUCUAACGAUAGCACACGAGCAGGCAUUCUCGUCGCACAUACUGGAACCAAUAGAGGAGCUUUCUGAGGAAGAAAAAGGAAGAGAGAAUGAGCAGAAAUUAAAUAACAACAAGAUACAUUUAAGGAAAGCCUUGAAGAAUAAUCCUUCCCUCACCAAGGAGAUAAGAACAAUUUUAGAGCAGAGCUUGGUGGAGAAACUGGAAACCCUGGGGAUUAAUGCAGACCUACGUGGUAUUCCAAGUGAUCACCUGACUAGAGUGCUGAGAUCCGUGGAACUGGCAAGACACGAGAGAGAGAGAGAAAUGCCUAACAUUCAGCAAAUCCGGGAAUUCCUGGAACAUAAGGUCAGCUGUAAAAUUGAGGAGAGAACUUUACUGUCCUCAGAUAAGUACGGUGUCUCUCCAAUGGACUCCUUUUCAACUGGAGAAAUCCCCAAAGCGGUACAGCUUCCUCCGAAAAGCAGACAUUUGGUUAGACAAAGACCUGUUUUCACCGAUAAGACACCUGUUCCAAAAAUUAGGAAAAAGAUUGUAGAAGAUCAUUUUUCCAGAAAGCCUCCAGCUAUUACGACGCCUCCUUUUAGCUCCGAGGAGGAAUUGGAGGAUGACCACCUCAUACAGGCGUACACGUCCCCAGACUUACUUCCUGCGCAGCCAUCUAAGAGCAACAAGUGUAGCUUUGGAAAGAACGCUGCCAAGAGUGACACCGACUGGACUGAGGAAAGUGAAAACGAGGAUUCUGAUGCCUCUCCCAAGCCUGCAGGAACUUCCGUUAAAACCCUAACUGAAAAAGUUGAGAAGACGGUGUCAAAUCACAGAAAUGUUAAUAAACCAUUUGGUGGAAUUAACGUUGCCGAAGCAUUCAUCAAAAAAGAACCGCAAGAGGAACUAAAGUGUGCAGAUGUGGAUGAUGAUGACUGGGAUAUAUCAUCUUUAGAGGAAGAAAAAUCUUUGGGGAAAAGAAUCGAAAAAGACCAGAAAGAACCUCCAGUUGUGAAGAAUGAACCGAAUUCUACCCACGUUGCAAGUGCCUGGGGUGCAUCUAAUCUGAAUGGACCAAAGGGAGAAGGACUUCAAGAAAACGAGUCAAGCACGUUAAAAAGCAGUUUAGUAACUGUGACUGAUUGGAGUGACUCCUCAGAUGUGUAACUUAAAUCCUGAAUGUCAGAAGGUUCUUGGAGAAGCCAGCAGUAUUUCAGAACCCCAGUAUUUCACUAGCCUGCCUACAUGACUAAGCUCACGGCCCACAGUAUUUCUCUCACAAUAACAAGGAAGCCGACUCAGAGAACAAGGGUGUCUUUAAUGGCAUCAAUACAUUGUUGAAAAACAAACUGUCAACAGUAUUUCAAAGCAGAUAAAGGUGUUUAAGACUUCUGCUGCUCAAAAAUAACAAGUCAUUGAAGUCAUAAAAAGUUUUUCCUUCAGAAUGGUACUCUAGUGUUAAGUGUUUUUUCCAACUAAUUUUUAAGUGAAUUUUUUUUUUAACUUGUAGCAGGUCUUGAAUUAUUAAAGCUUUUUAAAAAAUACCUACUAUCUUAUGUAAGUUGUCACGUAUUAUAAAUUUCUAGGUGUUAGAAAGUUCCGUUAGUAACUUUACAACUGAAUUAGUGGAAUCAGUGAGAAAGCUUCAGUGUAGACUGGUUAUUUUCAUAUAGAAGUAAAUUUACAGUUUCAACAGUAUCGCUAGGCCCAUUUUAAACACAUUUUCCUGAGGUACUGUCAUGGUACCAGCAUUGAGCCAUUGUAAGCAUGUUGCUGUUAAAACAAUUAUUUUAAAACUUAAAAUAGUAUUUCAAGUAGAAUAAUCUUUACCUUGGCUAUUUUAUGACUAGAAUGUAGCCAUUUUAAAUGCCAAUUUGUUUAUCAGAGUAUGAAUAGAAAAGAUGGAGUCAUUAUUGAAUUCGUAUGUGUAUGUAGAGUUUUUUUCUUUUUUAAACUUUUUAAAAUGCCCAAUCCAUAUUAUAAAAUACCUCAAAACUAAUUUAGUUAUGUUCUUCAACAAUGACAUUGUCAAAGGUCAGAAAAUUCAUAUCAGCUGUCUUUGCAUUUUUAAACUUUGUGGUACUAUCUGUACUGUUUUCGAAAAAAAGUAGCAUUUUAACUAAGAGUAACAUUUGUUGGGUUUUGGCUCUCUCUUUAUUUUGCAAAGGUCUCAAGUAAAGCCCUCCAUUUCCAUCA